AUGCUUGCCAAAAUUGUUGAUAAGUUCACAAAAAGAACCGAUACUGCCGGUUUGGUCGGUAGAUCAUUGCGUUUAGCAGUGACAAUUACAGCCGUUACUGGUUUUUCCUUAUUUGGUUAUGAUCAAGGUUUGAUGUCCGGUAUCAUCACCGGUGUAAGAUUUAACGAUGAGUUCCCAGGUACUAAGGAAACUUCUGACGACGAUAGACACGCUACAGUGGUUCAAGGUGCCGUUACAUCCUGUUAUGAAUUGGGUUGUUUCUUUGGUUCUUUGUUCGUUAUGAUGAGAGGUGAAAAAAUUGGUAGAAAACCAUUGAUCAUCUUCGGUGCUCUUUUGACCAUCGUUGGUGCUGUCAUAUCUACAGCUGCCUUUGGUGACCACUGGGGUCUUGGUCAAUUCGUUAUCGGUAGGGUUAUCACCGGUCUAGGUACCGGUAUGAACACUUCUACCAUUCCAGUCUGGCAAUCAGAAAUGUCGAAGCCUGAAAACAGAGGUCUCUUGGUCAAUUUGGAAGGUUCCGUCAUUGCUGUCGGUACCAUGAUUGCUUACUGGAUUGAUUUCGGUCUAUCUUACGUUGACACUUCUGUUCAAUGGAGAUUCCCUGUCGCUAUGCAAAUUUUCUUCGCUAUUCUAUUGAUGAUUGGUAUUGUUCAAUUACCUGAUUCUCCUCGUUGGUUAGUCGCUCAAGGGCGUCGCGAAGAAGCUAUGUACGUCUUGGGUAAAUUGGAUGACUUGGAUCCUAAUGAUGACCAAAUUGUUGCCGAAGUCAGUACUAUUCAAGACGCUGUUAACCGUUUCAAGCACCAAAAGAGAUCUAUGAAGGAAUUACUACACGGUGGUAAGGGUCAAAACCUCCAACGUGCUUUAGUAGCUGCUUCAACUCAAUUCUUCCAACAAUUUACUGGUUGUAAUGCCGCUAUCUACUAUUCCACCGUGUUGUUCAAAAAGACUAUCAAAUUAGAAGACAGAUUAUCCUUGGUUUUGGGUGGUGUUUUCGCCACAAUUUAUGCUCUAUCUACCAUCCCAUCUUUCUUCUUGAUUGAAACCUUGGGUAGAAGAAAAUUGUUUAUGUUGGGUGCUUUCGGUCAAGGUUGUUCUUUCUUGAUUACAUUUGCCUGUUUGGUUCAUGACACUACACAAAAUGCUAAGGGUGCAGCCGUUGGUUUGUUCUUGUUUAUCGUCUUCUUCGGUAUGUCCAUUCUAUCUCUACCAUGGAUUUACCCACCAGAAAUUGCUUCUAUGAGAGUUCGUUCCAUGACUAAUGCCUUUUCCACAUGUACCAACUGGUUGUGUAACUUUGCCGUUGUCAUGUUUACCCCAAUUUUCAUUCAAGACGCUGGCUGGGGUUGCUACUUAUUCUUCGCGUGUAUUAACUUCCUCUAUUUGCCAGUCAUCUUCUUCUUCUACCCAGAAACUGCAGGUAGAACUUUGGAAGAAAUCGAUAUCAUCUUCGCCAAGUCUUACACUGAUAAGACUGCUGCAUGGAGAGUCGCUGCCAACUUGCCAAAACUAUCUCUUGCUGAAAUCGAAGAUCACGGUAACGCGUUGGGUCUAUACGAUGACGAUCUAGAAAAGGAAGAUGAAUUAGAAGAAGACGUUGACAGCAAGGAACAAUCUCAUCCAGGUUUCUCUUUGUUCCAAAGAAAAAAGUCUUCUAAGAACGUUACUGAAAAUAAUGCUGAAAAGUCCGAUGCAACUGCUAACGAUAACACUCAAACCCCAUCCAGUAACGAAUCUAACGAACAAAACUAA